UCGCUCUACAAUAUUCGAGAGUUAUUCACGCCCAGAGAAACAAAAAUGAUGAUAAAAACCGAGGAAGUGGAUGCGACUCCUGAGGAAUCAGUGUCCGAAGAGAUCGAGAAGACCGAGCAAAACGACACAAUCGAAAAACCGAGCAAAGCGACACAACCGAGACCGAAGCCAAAUUACCCCAGAGUUUCUGAGAUGGUGAAUCUCGCGAUCAAGGCACUCUGCGAGAAAAACGGCUCCUCACUUCAGGCUAUAAAGAAGUACAUGGUGGAGACAUACAAAAUUGACGUUGAGAAGCAGAAUCCCUUCAUCAAGAAGUACUUGAAGUCGGCGGUUGAGGCUGGAUUUCUCAUUCGAACGAAGGGAAGAGGAGCUGCCGGCUCAUUCAAGAUACCGCGCCACGAAAUCGAUCCACUGAAGGCGGUGGUUAAGCCGAAAGCUAAAGCGAGAAGAGCAACGGCUGCGAAGACUGCUACGAAGGGGAAGAAGACGAAAGCCUCUGCGGGGAAAGGUACUUCUCCGAGAAAAGUUGGAGGAAAGUCUGGUGGAAAGGAAAAAGCUGGAGAAGGAUCUGCUCAGCCGAAGGGCGCGGCCAAGGGGGAGAAAACUGCUGGCGAAGCUAAGCCGCCAAGAGGGAAGAGAGGAUCCGCUCCGAGAGCUCAGAAUAAAUGAGCAAUGGACCAUUAAUUAAUGGUGGCGAUUGAUAAUCGUAAUGCAACAAAACGGCCCUUUUCAGGGCCACCAA